GGAAGGUCUGUGGUACUAAAAGGAGCAAGUGAUGAACUUCUCAAUCUACAGCAACAUCACCCAGACUAAACGGGACCCGUAUAUGAUAGCUGUGACCAAGAAUGUGAUCAUCGUGGCUUUGUACAUCUCCAUCAACUACGUUAACGGCACGCUUGUCCACACUUUCCUCAAGCAUGAGAUCUUUAAUGAGAAUCCUCGAUAUAUCCUCUUCAUCCAUAUGGUCAUCAACGACAUGAGCCAGCUAACAACUGCUGUGUUGAUUAAUUUCAUUUCCUACAUUUUUUAUACAAUCAAUGUGUCUUUCUGUUUCUUCCUUUUAAUGAUUGUACUGUUCACCACCCUCAACACUCCACUGAAUCUGGCCGGCAUGGCUGUGGAGCGCUACAUUGCCAUCUGUAACCCGUUACGCCACAUGCAGAUUUGUACCGUACGCAGGACAUACAUCCUAAUUGGCCUGAUUUGGGUCUUGGGUGCCUUCACCAUUCUUCCUGACCUGUUUUUUAUCCUGGCCACUGAGCCUUUAUCAUUUUUUCUUUCUACCACCUACUGCACUCGAGAUUCCAUGUCCCGCCAUCCAUACAUAGUGGAGAAGAGAAACAUUUUAUACUUCAUCUAUCUGUCCUUCGUAUGGCUCACUUUGUUCUACACCUACUCCAGGAUCAUGUUUACUGCCAAGGCAACCGGUGCCGACGCCCGGAAGGCCCGCAAUACCAUCCUCCUGCAUGGCCUGCAGCUUCUGCUGUGCAUGUUCACGUACAUUGGCCCACUAGCCGAGAGUGUGUUAAUUUCUCUCUUCCCCUUGUUUGUAAAUGAUGUACGAUUCACAAUUUAUGUCUUUGUCCACAUUUUGCCCAGGUUUAUAAGUCCUAUCGUGUAUGGAUUGAGAGAUCAGAUGUUCUGUGCAUAUCUGAGAAAGCACCUGUGGUGUGUUAUGCUGAACGAAAGAAAUCAAAGACAAACACAACCCUCCUAA